AUGACGCAUAAUCUUCAGCAACACGCAAGGCGAAUCCUCGCUUACAGUAGCAGGCCUCGUUUCUUCUGCUCAUACAUCAACGGAACCCUACCGUCUCCGGCGUCGAACCAAACUCUGCUGAGUCGGAUCGAAGCGGCUGCGGAUCGGAAAGCAGAAAUCACAACGGUGCUUGAGCAUUGGCGACAACAACAACAACAACGUGGGAAUCAGUUAAACCCUUCUCUGGUGAGAGGUAUCGUCGAGAAGCUCAACUGUUCCAAGAGAUAUAGUCAAGCCCUAGAGGUAUCAGAGUGGAUGAGUAAACAAAAGAUUUGCAAUCUCGUCCCGGAAGACUUCACAACUCGAUUUCAUCUGAUUGAAAACGUUUUGGGUUUGGAAGAAGCAGAGAAGUUCUUGGAGAGCAUCCCGGAGAAUCUAAGAGGUGAGUCUAUCUACACUUCCCUGUUAAGAAAUUACUCAAGACAACCCGGGUUAAGAGCUCUGAGCAAAGCCGAAUCUACUUUCAAGAAGAUGAGGAAGCUAGGGUUGCUCUUGAGACCUUCACCGUACAACUCGAUGACAUCACUCUAUAGCUCUCGCGAAAACAGAGAUAAGGUCGAUGAGAUCCUACAAGAGAUGAUGGAGAACAACGUUGAGUUCGAUAACGUCACCGUGAACAACGCGUUGAGAGUAUACGCUGCUGUAUCUGAUGUGGAGACCAUGGACAAGUUUCUAGCUGAUUGGAGUGCGAUUACAAUACUUGAUGGGCUCACGGUACUUGACAUGGCUGAGGCUUAUCUGAGAGUUGGUUUGAAGGAAAAGGCUAUAAAACUGCUUCGUAGAAGAGAGGGAUAUAUGAGUAUCGAGUCGUAUGGGGAACUCAUGAGGCUAUAUGGUGAAGCAGGAGAGAGAGAAGAUGUGUACCGUAUAUGGGUUUUGUACAAGAAGACAAGUAACAAGAACAAUGAGGGAUUUAGAGCUUUGAUUGGUUCUCUCUUGAAUCUUGAUGAUAUCAAAGGAGCAGAGGAGGUAUACCACAAUGAGUGGGAGGGCUCAGGUCUUGAGUUUGAUCUCCAAAUCCUAAAUAUGUUGGUGUCUUGUUAUCGCAAAAAGGGAAUGGUGAAGAAAGCAGAGAAACUGGUGAGCAAGACUAUGAGGAACAGAGGAUUGGUUAAACCAAUCACUCCGUUUCUGAAUGAACUUGGGAAAAAGGGGAAUCAAGUGAGUCCGUCGGAUUUGAGAGACCUCAUCAAGAACCUGCAUGAUUCAAACCAGUUGUCCAAAGCACUUGAGGCAUCAUCAUGGAUGUGUGAAAAAAAGGCGUUUAAUCUUUUUUCAGAAGAUUAUGCAACUAGGCUUCAACUUACUCGGAAAGUUUUGGGUUUGGAAGAAGCAGAGAGGUUUUUCGAAAGCAGCAUCCCGGAGAAUAUGAAGGAUUACUCUGUCUACGCCACACUCUUAACGUUGCACACAAGAUCUGAAAUGAAUCUAGUCAAAGCAGAAGCCGUUUUUGAGAAGAUGAGAGAGCUAGGUCUCGUCUCCAAACUUUACCCAUUCAACUUGAUGAUAUCUCUCUACAGUGAGCUAAGAAAACGAAGCAAGGUCAAUAAGCUUCUAUCUGAUAUGAAGCAGAACAAUAUUGAGCCUGAUAAUGUCACGAUGAACAACGUUUUGAGAGUUAACGCAGACGUAUCCGCCAUAGACUCGAUGGAGAAGUACAAGAAAGAGUGGGCUGCUGCUGAUGGUGAUGAUAAUAAUAACAUAACCAAGCUUGAAGUGAGGACGAUUGAUGCGAUGGCAAAGGCUUACGAAAGAGCCGGGCUAGUACUAAAGGCGAUAGAGACGACAACAAGUAACAGGGAAGUGUACCGUCUAUGGGAUAUGUACAAGGUCAAGGCAGAUGGAGAUAUUAAAAGAGAUAAGAUCACCUCUAAAUCAGAGAUAGGAAAGAUUUGGAAUGAAGGAUAUCGAAAUGUGAUUAGCUCUUUGUUGAAGCUUGAAGAUGUGAAAGGAGCUGAGAAGAUAUAUGGAGAGUGGGAGCUGAAAGGAAUUGUUAUGGAUACACGAAUACCGUGUUUGCUAAUCUCUCGUUACAUCAAAGAAGAUGAUCAAGUGAAGAUGAAGAAUGUAGUGGAUUCGAGUAGGAAGAAGGAAAGGCGGAUGCAUGUUGAGAAGGUGGUUAAUAUAACUUUGGUCGAGGAUGUGUUGACGCUUCUCGCGGUUCCGUCUGGUACGAUUUUGUUAGUAUGGGUUUUAACAAAAGGGCCAAUUUUUCCAAUUAUUUUUUAA